UUUGCUUCCCUUCCCUUAAGUUCAUCUGUUUCGUAUCUUAAAGUCCUCAUAUGAGUGAAGUCAUAUGAUAUUUGUCUUUCUCUGACUGACUGAUUUUGCUUAAAAAGUCUAUUUAUACUUAGAUACAAUACCCUUCAAAAUGACAAUGUAAACCUACUUCAAAACUGCAUUGUCAACAUAAUGCUCCCCCAAACCCUACUGUGCUUGCCAGGCUCUAGAAUCUUACCCUAGCAUGGAUAUUUGAGAUAAUCUGGCCCAGCUCUCCUAGUUUACAGAGGAGAAAACAGGUCCUGGGAGCUUUGAGUGAUUUGGCCGAGUUUUCCCCCACCUCCCACACCUCCCAACACAGCUCAAGGCCAGUUCUUCUUCACCCCUUUUGUACAGGAGGACUUGUAUGCUGCGGGGUCUCUGCAGACGUCACUUUUCACAAGUCUGUCACUCCCUCACACCUUCUCUCUUCCAUAUUUGUGAGUUGUAGCCCACUUUCCCAGAUAACCUGAUAAUCUUGGUAUCUAUAUCAGUUUGCAUUUGCUAACCCAUUUCAGUUGAGUCUCACACUGUGACCAAUUUUAAUGGAGAUAAACUCCUCCACCCUCCAAAAGAGAAAGAAUGAGAAAAUCAAUGUGAUGAUAAAUGAUUCAUCAGCUGUUCAGAGCAAGGAUUUGGUAUUUGUAGCAGGCAGCUGCCCUCUUAGUAGCAAGGAACGUGUCAAAUGACAAGAAGUUUCCUUUUCCUUCUUGCUAGGAGCAAAAAGAAAUUCACUUUCCCUUCAGCGAUUGAGGCUUAUUAAUUCUCAUUUACAUCUCUAUUUGAGAGCAGGCAAUGGCAAAUGUUAGACUUCCUUUAUUUUUUCUGGUGGGCCAUUUAAGAUACUUCACUAUAGUUAAAUUCACAAGGAUGCCUUGUUUGGGGCCAAUCCAUGAGUUUCUGAGAGUGGUAUGCAAAUAUAAAUUUUCUAAUUGAAUCAUUUCUAGCCCAUUAGGGGAGCUCAUAAUUUGAAGUAUUACAAUGAUGAAUGCGUUUAUAAAUUGAAUAAUCACCUACUAAUUUUACCUGCUUGUUCUAAUCUAGAUUUUUAUCUAUCCCCUGCAAUUAAUUUUGAUUUACCACAUUGCCUUCAAGGCUUAAUUGAUUUAAAUAAGGAAGUCCAGAUAAAACUUUAUUUAGAAAGUUACAUCUUACAUUGGGAAAUGCCCACAGUACAUACUCAAUGUGUUUUUCAGUGUAUAAAAUCAAAUAUUGGAACCAAAUUUGGACCAUGGAAGAAAGCAGUCAAUGAUAGAAUCUUCUUUUUACACAUCUUUUCAAAACUUGAUUCUCCUUUGGUAACAGCUUAAAAGCGUGGGACCAAAUGCUAUCUCCUUGGCAGAACUCUGGACACCAAUCUGUACUUUAUGGGUCCCUGAUGAGCAUGUCGGUGGGAAAAAAAGAACACACUGGGUUCAUUCCUUUCAGAACAUAGGACUUUCCUACGUGCUCUGUGCAAAGUGCUGGGCUGGUCUCUGAUGAUACAGAGAAGGUAGUCCGAGUAAAGCAUGACCUCAAGUCCUCGAUUUCUGAAACACAAUAUUUUGGAUAGGAGGAGGCAUAAAUUCUGUGGGUGACCUGACUUCUGGCCAGUUUCACUAUCUUUGGGCAAAAUGACCUUGCCCAAAUCACCUAACCUCUGCCUUUCUGUAAUUGUAAAAUGGGGUGAUCAUUCCUGCUCUCCCAAUCUAAGUUGUUUUGAUAGUGAGUGCUCUGAUAGCAUUUAGUAAACAGAGCCUCCCCAGUGGGCUUGUUCUUGCUGAAUCUCCCUUUGUCUCUGGCUGGCUAUGUGGCUUUGCUACGUGGCAGAAACCACUGGAGGAUGAUUGGCCAACUCCCUCAAGUUGGCGGGAGGAUUUAGCUGGGGUGAUUCCUAAUGGCUGUGAGGCCUGCCAAAAUGCUGGAUCAGCCGAGUUGUGGUCUGGUACCGGUUUGGGGCUGAAGCAAAGCCUAUGCAUUACUCACCAUCCCCAAAAGGCAUCUUGCUGACUGGGGGCGCCGUCUCUUUCUUGAAACAUCUGGGAUCUGGGAGAAGGGAAAUGCUUCUUUCUUGUUCUUGUUUCUUAAGAGAUUUUCUUGCCCCCCCCCCCCCCAACUUCUUCCAGGUAUCUUUUUACUCUUCAAAUAAAGAAGGAUUUGGCUCUAGGAAGGCUUCCAUGCAGUGACAACUCUACAGCGUUGAUGGUAUCUCACAUCCUACAAUGUCCUAUCUCUAAAUACAGUCACAGUGUGAGGUACUGGUGUUUAGAACCUCCACAUAUGAAUUUGAGAGUGCUUGUGGGGCACACACAACUCAAACCGUAACAGGAACUGAUGAGAAGAAGAAGAGAUCACAAACAGAAUGUGGAAGAAGAAACUAAUACUCACCUGUGAUCCUGGAGCCUUGAAGACCUACACCGUGUCUGUGAUUUACUAUACUGAGACUUCAUAGCAAGCCACUGCUUCUGAUUUGAGAAAGACCCAGUUCAUUCCACCGUGAACUAAAAUAUAAAGAUACAUAAAUCAUGGGGUGUGGGGCCUAGGGCUAUACUGGCUGCAAAGAAGGGGCUGUUUGGGGCAGGUCAGAGCAUCUGCCAGGUGCUCCACUGCUUAACUCCUCAAUGCUAAUGUGAAAAAUGUCACUUUUCUGUCGUGCAGCAGAACUGGGAGACUUUCAUGAAGAAACAGAUAAGAAACAUCUGGCACAAACCCGAUACUUACCGAACCAAGACUGUUUAGAGAGCAAGAUCAUGCACUUUCAUCAGAAGCACGUCGGCAGGAGCCCGGCUGAAUCGGACAUUCUGCUACUGGAUAUAGCAAGGAAGCUGGAUAUGUACGGCAUCAGGCCUCACCCCGCCAGUGAUGGCGAAGGGAUGCAGAUCCACCUGGCUGUUGCUCACAUGGGAGUAGUGGUGUUACGGGGAAAUACAAAGAUCAAUACUUUCAACUGGGCUAAAAUCCGCAAGUUGAGUUUUAAGAGAAAGCAUUUUCUCAUCAAACUUCAUUCCAACAUUUUGGUGUUGUGCAAGGACACCUUGGAGUUCACCAUGGCCAGCCGAGAUGCCUGCAAGGCUUUCUGGAAGACUUGUGUGGAGUACCAUGCUUUUUUCAGACUUUCUGAAGAGCCCAAAUCAAAGCCCAGAACCCUACUCUGCAGCAAGGGCUCCAGUUUCCGCUACAGCGGAAGAACCCAACGGCAGCUUUUGGAAUAUGGAAAGAAAGGGAGGUUGAGGAGCUUACCAUUCGAGAGGAAACAUUACCCAUCUCAGUACCAUGAACGGCAGUGCAGGUCGUCACCAGACCUCCUCUCUGAUGUAUCAAAACAAGUGGAAGAUUUGAGACUAGCGUAUGGCGGCGGAUACUACCGAACCGCGAAUGGGGUGCGAGCCUCGGAGCCCGUGCUGGACGGUAGGAGGAGGAGCUCAGCAGCCGAGAUGACGUUUGCCGCCGCGCCAGAGCGGUCCAAACCAGAGGCGGACCCCGCAUUGUUACAUCAGUCCCAGAGCAGUUCCUCUUUCACUUUUCUUUACACAGACCCCGAUCCCAGAGACUACUUUGAGGGAAGGAGUCCUCUGAGCUCCUUCCAGCCGAGCUGUAAGUUUGCUGACAAUCACAUGAGCACACCUGCCGGCCUCACAAGUGAAGUGAGCCCAGCGAGGCGGCUGACUUACACAGAUGUGCCGUAUAUACCUUGUACUGGCCAGCAGGUCAAUAUUAUGCCUCCCCAAGUCUUUUUUUACGUGGACAGACCACCCCAGGUGCCCAGACGGUCUCCGAUCUUGGCAGAGGAAAGGGAAAGGCCAGACAGCUCUCCAGGGCCCACUGCAAUGAAGCCAGCCAAAAGGAGCCCAAGGAAUGUCAGAAUGAAGAGCUUUCAGCAAGACUUUGAAGAACUCCAAGAAGCUAUGGCCAGGACCAGUGGUAGGAGCAACAUCAACAUAGAUCUGGAAGCGGAAGACCCAAAUUUAGAAGAUGCGUUUGCAUGUAACAUUCAAGAGCAAACUCCCAAACGAUCCCAGAGCCAAUCAGAUAUGAAAACAAUCCGUUUUCCUUUUGGGUCUGAAUUUAGACCUUUAGGGCCUUGUCCUACUCUGAGUCGUAAAGCUGACUUUUUCCCAUAUAUGUUUGCAGAGCAGGAGCUUCCAACAGUUUUAAUGCAUCAGGGAGCAUCAGAAAGAUACGUAGCUAGUGAAUCCAGUGAUUCAGAAUCAGAAAUCCUUAAAUCGGACUACUACUCUUUGUAUGGCAAAGGGGUAAGGUCACCCAUGGCCAGAAUCCGCUUAUCUUCUGGUAGUCUACAGCUAGAUGAAGAGGACGAAGACGUUUCUUUCAGUACACCGACUGCUGAAGACAGGACUUUGCUAAAACCGUGUAAUUACUUUUUAGCUUAGAAGUGUGAACGCCAGGAACAUUCCUGGGCCAGUUCCAUGUUGCCAACUUAGAUUAAAAAAGAAAAAAAAAAGGAACCUUCUGCACAAACCGUUUUCUUAGUUACUACUCAUUGGCAUUAAGGGAAUCUCCUGAGUUUGGGCACCGAGCUUAUGAAAGAUCCAGCUGCUGCUUCGUUCCUCAAUCUCCUCUCUUCAAGUUUCCUCUGAAGUGACUCUGGAACAUACCUUCUCGUCACCAGCACUGUUGUAGGGUGAGGUGGCCAUUUAUCAUCUCCAUGAUACAUUUCUCCAUAGAGACAUUAUCAGUGAAGUUCGCGCUCUUCCACAUUGAAGAAUGAGGACAGUAUGGGUUGGCAUAUAGAAUUGUGUCCUUUAGUGAUUUAGUAGAUUGUGACUAUGUUGGUCAGUUUGUUCUUAAACCAUACUGCAACUAAAGGUUCCAGUGCAAAUGUUUCUGUGACGUGUUAAAGAUUUUGAUUUUUAUAACAUAUAUUAGGGGGAGCAUGGCCCUCUGAUGUCUCAGGAACAAGAUGGUGGCAUACAUCCUCUCGGCAGAAUACAAGUUUGUGAUGCAUCUGGGACUGGGAAAAAUUCUCAACCUCGGAAAUUCAUGAAUUAAUUUCUAAAGCCAGAUAUAUGCCUGAUGAAGAUAUGAUGCUUGACUUAUUUCUCUAUUCUUAACUAUUACAUGUAGUGAAAGAUAAAAGUCAACAUGUUGGUUUAUCUACUUUCUCCUGCAAGACUUAGUUUUUUUUUUUUUUGCAUGUAUGUAGG